CAAAGCCUGACAAUUAAGAGGAAGUUAAAGGUGUCUUCUCCUUCCUUCGCGAUUAAACCUGGGGGAAAAGGCCGAUAAAAACGGGUUCAUAAGAAAUGAGAGAAGGAUGAGCGACCAGCGCCUACAGGAGACCUGGACCUCCUUUGCACAAACAGAACCUGGAAAUGUCAUAGAGCGACAGAACCGUCUGGAUGAGUUCUUGGGGCUGCUACUGUCCUCAGCUGAGGAAAAAGUGCCAUUAUCAAAUCUCCUUCAUUUUAGUGAUAUUGGAAGUGUGGUGAGCUUAUUGGGUGGUCAGUUCUUGGCAGAUAUAGAACACAUCUGCCUUGGCUCUGCCAGCUAUGACAGUGAUGCUUCCUCUUCUAGUGCUACAUCUCGUUCUGUAGAAUCAAUAAUAAGUGAUACAUCCCAUGUUAGUGAUACAUCUGGGGGCUGCAGACCCAGAGUGUCCAAGAAAGCCAGCAAUGGGCGAUCUCCCUUGGUCAGGGAUUGUGUCGAGUCCUCAAACAUCCAUGACAUUGGAAACAACAAAUAUCAGAAAGAUAUUACUGCCCUUAGUGAGGCCACAAGAGACCUAAGCAUCAGCACUGAUAACAAGUGUGUGAGUGUAGUGGAAGAUAAUUAUACCUGUACAGAAAUCAGGAUAAAAGAAAACAAAGAGUUCACUAAUGGUGGGGAGGAGAGUGAUGUGGUGAAGGAAGACACAUGGGUGAGCAAAGAGCUUCAUGCUGAAAAGUGUCAGAAUGAAUCUCUGUGUGAACACAAUGGAACUUGCAAUAACAAUAGCCAAGAUGAUUCUCACCAAGACAGUGCAAAUGCUAUCUUAAACAGAAAAGGUGCUUAUUCUGAAAGUGCAAUACCCAAUGCCAAUUCCAAUAAGAAUAAGGGGCUCGUCCACUCCUCGAGGGAGAGGAGUGAUCCCAUCUUCACCUCCAAUCAAUCAAACCUCAACUCCAGUCAGUCUGCUCUGGCAUCGACCUCGAGUCACUCUGAACAGGACCUGCAGCCCCCUCAGAAUGCAGCUUCAGAUACUGUUCAGGGGCACGAGGCCCAGAAUGCAGCCACCCUGAAGCGCUAUCUUCUUCAGGGAUGUGGUGCAAAAAUAUUAGUUGUCCUGGAUCAGCUCGGCGUCACGGGCCUGACUGGUGGAAGGGAAAUCAGCCAUGUUUUAGCCUUUAUAUUUGCAUUCAUGCUGAAGAAUUCCCUUGAUGAUGAGAGUUGCAAAUCAAGGAAUUGCCUAAAGAAUGCAGAGAAUGCACUGCAAGGGACGAAUGGAGAGAGUUGCAAUCUCAGUAUGCAUCAUGUACAGAAGGGCUUUUUUAAUGGCAACAGUGAAAGUGCAUUAGACUUGGCCAAGUGCUUCAAAUAUGAGCCAUCAGUGAAUCUCAGCUUGGAGGACAUCUUCGCACCCCUGGUCCACAACCCUUCCCACACCAAGACAGGCAACACUAUAAGAUCUCAUGGCCUCUCAGUUUCACAGUCAUGGAUGCAGACCUCUGGCUCCAAGAGUAGCAGUCUCUCUAGCUGCCAGAGUGGGAAGAAGUGUGGGAAGAAACGUAGAAAACGUUCCUCCACUUGUAACCACAUCAUAAACUCAGACUCGGAGGCAGACCCAGACCUCCAGACGCACAGACUGCGCAAGGCUAUUGUGAAGUUCACAAUGAAUCCCAAAGAUUUUGACUAUUUCACCCAUGUUGUGUACAGUGACGAAGACAAGAGCCAUCAGCAUGACAGGGUUCAUGUAAGCCUUGGCCCAGGCAGCAAAAUGUGCUGCCAUGAGAACAUUCUAUGCCUCACUCUUGUGGAACUUCUCCAGUGCAUCAUAUCAAUCCAGUCGCAACUGGCCAUGCAUGAAACAGAGUUAAAACACUUGUCCUCACCGUUAUUAGCAACACAGGAUAUUCUUCAGUUUUCACUUGACACGUUUUCCUCUAUGGUUGCUGAAUUCAAGCAUUUGGAGCAGAAAGGGAAUGACACUGCAGACAUCCGACAGUUGCUCUCUGGGAUGCUACGGCUUGUGUUUUCUUCAAUGCAAAGAUUUCUCAAAUCAAGUGAGUUAAUGCUCACUGUGACUGAACUAACUGUUGUCCCCAAGCUCUUGCAACUUGUUUCAGAGAUUCUUGAUAACAGUUUUGUGCUGAAAGAGGGCACCAGUGCAAUAUUGAAGAAGGAAGUAAACAAGCUAGAAGUUGGCAAGGCAGCUUUGGCUUAUGAAGUUAUCCUAGGAUUGCUGCUCACUCUGCAGAGCUCUGCUUGUCUCAGAGUUGAGCACAAAGACGUUUGGCAGUGUCUCACUCUACACAAGAUAUUCUUACAGAGUGAUGGCCCUGAAAUCAUCAAAAAGUUAAUUUCUCUGAAGCAUCACCUGUCAUUAGGGAAGCGUUCCGAAAUCUUGCAAAAUCUCAGUAAAUUGAUCCUUUAUAUGAAGUACUGGAGGGAAGAUGUUUACCAUGCAGAAAAGUGUGAUAAAAAGAACCAUAGGUAUUGUGAAUAUGAGGCUGUGCAGAGCCACCACUCUCAGGUAUUUGGAAUAAAUUCAAGCUUACUCAAUGGAAUUGAUCCCAGUUCUUGUAUGAUUGCUAACUUUGCAUUCAUAUUGAUUGACUGCUUCUCAGUUACUGAAGAAAUUGAGAUACAUGCAUGUUCCAUCAAGGCUUUGUCAAAAUGUGGCCUAUGUUGUUGCAUGAGUACAGGAGCUGUUCUAAGCAAACUCUUGCAGAACCUGAGUUCUGAGAUGCAUCAUGUUGUUUCUUAUCUUACUGUCUUUAUAGAAAACAUUGUGUGGCGUGACCUGGGUGGAAUGACUUUAAGGGAGGCAGUUCACUGUAUUUUUUGCCAGACCCCAGAAUACGUGGGUGGAGGGCUUAAUCCUAUAACUGCCGAAUAUACUCUAGAGGAGUCAUUCUCAUCGACCUUUAGUGCCCGUGGAAUCUCAUCUUUUAAUUCAGCUAAGAAAUGUUGCAGUCAGAAUAUAGAAGACACACCUGUCUCUUCCUCUCAUUGGGAAGGUGUUGCUCUCUACAAAAGGCUCCUCUUUUGUAAAAAUAUCAGUUCAAAAGUAAUAGUUCAUAUAACAAGACUCUUGUCACGUAGCAGUGCGGGAGUCAAGUUGGAAAUGUGUGAAUACCUCAUCAUCCCAGCUUUAAAACAGAUUUGUGAAAAAGGUAUUGCUAAAUAUGAGAGCAGUGGCAAAGAUAAGGAUGUGUUAGUUGGCCUCCUAAGAUGCAUUAGAUUAACAUUAGCAGAAUCAUGUGAUCCUAAAAUAACACAGUUUCUUCAGGAUAAUGGCCUGUCUCUUAUCACAGCCUGCAAAUCCAUUCCAGGGGUUAGAAGUGAAGCCUUUGCACUGCUUUGCAACAUUGUGAAGAAAGAAUUGAAGACUAAACCGGGAAUGCCAGUAAUAUCAGAUACAGAUGAAGAAAGCAAUUUUAUGUUUACAAAGUUAUUUGAAACAGAGGUUCUAGAGCAUGAUGAGUUCUGGACAGGUUAUUUCAACAUGAAAGUACGUGAAGUGAGGCAGAGGUUUUUCAUUCACACUCAGCUAGAUGUGUCCACAGUGGCAGAUGACAAUGUCCCAAAUACUAGCCUAAACCACAACAAGAAUGAAGUCAUCAGCCAGGACAAGACAGAGGCUGAAACCAUCAACAACAAGACAGAUGAAAAAGAGGAGAGGUUAGAAGAGGAGGAGAACGAAGAAGACACUCAGGAUAUCAAGGAAGCUGUUUAUAGAGACAGUGGUUCAGAAGUGGGCAAAGUUGAAGAUAUGAAAUUAGAAGAUGAGAAGGUCGCCCCUCCCAUCCCUAAUGAAUUUGUGGAAGACCAUGCUGAUCUUGAAAACUUUAAGAACAUUGACAGCCAGACACUUGCCCUCAAGUAUGCUGGCCUGGGUGAGUUAUGGAAUGCUGUCACAGAAGUCCUGCACAUGAGCUCUGAGUUCCAGGCCUACUUGGCCGCAUCAGGCAUCCGUUCCCUGGUGGCACCACUGCUUGUCAACAUUACGCAGGACCUGGCACGUGCUUCCUCAGGAGCCCUAGGCCUGAGCAGCGUUGUCUUAGAGCAGCUCUCUGUCACCUUCUCACUGAUGCACUCGCUGCUCACCUUCGUCAUUGUGACUUACCCAUAUGCAGGUUUGCAUGUGGAUACACUUUUGAAUGAGUUGAGGUCGCCCUUGUUACGUUACUCGCCCCGUACUUGUGGGGAUGUGAAACACCUCGUGUCUGUCAUGCUACAGUGUUGUGUGUUGUCCUCAUCAACCAACAUAACUUAUUCUUUACCUCACACAACACAGGCCCUGGAGAUGCUAGAUGAGGAACCGGGUCCAGUUGGAGGGGAAGGAGAUCAACACCCAGGUGAGACUGAUGGCUAUGAAGCAGACACAGAGCAGCUUGCCAACAACACCUAUCCUUCGUCAGCUAGAUCUUGGCAACAGGAUGACAAUUUGGAGUGCCCUGAGCUGGUACUGUUGGCACUGGACCUCAUAAUCAACCACCAUGAGAAGUUCCUUGAGACACGAGAGGAAGCUCAGGAAGAGGUGGGAACUGGGCCUGAAAACCACGAUAAGCAGGAGAAACACAUGCCUGAGUCCCCCUUGAAGAAGAGGGGUCAAAACCGAAGGCGCUGGAGCAGGAGGAGGAGGCUCAAGGAUGGAUCAAAGUCCCCCUCAAAAGGGUCAGGAGCUCGCAGCGCAUCAGGCGAUAAGAGCACGUCCUCAGCCUCGUCAGUGUACCACAGCAUGACCUCAGAUGAGGAUACGGGUUCUGACACAGGGAAUUCCGAUGGGACUGAGUGGGCUAAUGAACCAAAGCCAGAGAUUCUUGAGAGUGAGAAAGUGCAGGUGAAACCAGGGCUUAGUGUAAGUGUUAGUGUAGAAAAUGAUUCAUGUGUAGAAAAUGCUUGUUCAACCAACUCCUUUGAGAAUGCCUCCUCACAAUCUGCAAAUGACUACAAGGCAAGGGCUCAGGGUACCAUGUUCCAGUCCACCUCCCAGGACGAGUCUCUCUCAAAGGGUAUGUCCUGGUCAUCUGGCGAGGCAACUUCCCCACAGCACACAGUCCACACAGGGUCAUCAUCCACAUACUCACCCUGUUGUGAGAGUGAGAUGACUCACAGUGCCUCCCUUACUCAGUGUGUCCAUGCCCUCCUCCUCCUCUGCCGCUCAUCUGCCAAUGUGUGUCGCAGGCUCCAUGCCCUGGGCUUCCUCACGAGCCUCCUCAAUGGAUUUACUGAUCUCAUCUGUGCCAACAGUAUGAUAUACCAAGAUGUGGUUGGAACGGUGGUGGGCGUGUGGGCGGAGGUGGGCCGCUGGAGUCUCACGCCCACGGAAUUGUCUCAGUUCCUGGCUCUGUUCAAGGCACCGAACCCGCCCCUUGAAACGCUGCUGCGCGCCCUAUCGGGGGUCCUUGAGGGUAGCGGGCGCGAGCCGCAGCACGCCCUCCCGUACCCGUGCCCGGGGGCGUCCACGACCUCGGUGUCGCCGCCCCUCGACGCCUCGCACAACUCCCUCACCGAGAGCCUGGCGUCCUUCGUCAACAUCCGGGUCCCGUCGUCGCCCGUCGUCGAGGCCAUCACCAGGCUGCAUGAGAGCCACUGCAGGCACGGGAUCUUGUCUUGUGCUGCCAUCUCAUGUGUGGUGUGUCCCGUUCCCCGCACCCUAGACUGGUCCCCCUAUAACUCAGGCCUCUCAAGCACAUCUUGGGUGUGCAUACGUGACAGGACUGGGGCCGAGUCCAAGCAACGGUGCUCUCCACAGUCGAGCUUAGUCAUGAGCUACGGGUCUGGAAGUUACUUUGAGAAUGCUGCUCGAUGUAACUCCAAUUUUUCACGGGGAGCCACAUCCACGGUAUCUGUGAGCAGUGAAGUAACCCUGAACAAGCUGCACAUCUUGUCAGUGGGGACACAGCACCUUAUGUUCUCGCUGUGGCUGGAUCCUGUCAAAGAUUGCUUACAAGUGUGCAUUUCAAGAGAAGUUGAUGGAGAGAGUGUGCUCCUAAGCCAAGGUGUUGUGGUCCGGGCAGGAAUAUGUGAUGGAGAUUGGCAUCACCUUGCCUUUUGUGUCCCUACAAUCAAUGUUCGCAGAGGCGGGUCUUUAAAGGUAACAAUAUUCCUGGACUCCUUGACAUGCCAUUCAGUGACUCUGAUGGUACCUCCUGUUGGCUCCAUCAAGAAAAGUUCACCAUCAUACCUUUUACUUGGCCACACAGACUAUUAUUCAGCUGAGGGUCCUCAGAUGUGCCAGUCAGUGGAUGAACUGGACCCCCUCAGCCUGCACAGGACACGAAGAGGGAGUCUGUGCUACAGUCAUUCCCAUAAACUCCUCAUGGCCAAUACAUUCCUAUUUCGUGAGCCCAUUUUGAGCCGUGAAUUGUGUCUUUAUCUUAUCGCCCUUGGAAAGGACUGUACCAGCUUGCUCCCACUUACUUCCAAGGAUGAAAGAGUAUUGCUGAUGCCCUUCAUCACACCCAAGCUUCUGACAACAGGCAUGGACCUGUCUGUGAUAUAUGGACGUAUGGAAUCUGUGAUAAGACCAGCGCAGGAGUGCUUAUUGAUCCUCCACUCUGCUCAAGAGCCUUCAGAGUUCUUGUGCUAUAAGCCACAUGUUCCUACGCUACAAGACUUCGGGACCCACUACCCAACAUGUUCCACACAAACAGCUGUGAUGUUUGGUGAUUUGAACCCUGUGAGAAAUGAAGGCCCAGACUUAGCACUGCUGCAGAUGGGUGGGAUAGCCCAUCUUGUCUAUCUAUGUGCAAGGAUGGUUGAAGUGAAGGGAGAAGAAAGAGAACAAGCUGAGGCUCUCACACUACUCUUGCAAGCAGUUCACACUUCUCCUCACUUAGCUGCCCAGUAUGCUGGGAUCCGAGGCAAUUCUCUCAUAUUUCGUAUUCUGAUGUCUCCCCUUGCAUCUCCAGGCGUGCAGGUCAUUAAGGCUCUGCUUGAUGGUUGUACUUAUCCAAGUGUCGUGCAGUACUUAGCUUGCCGUGAUGUGUACACCAUCGCCCCACAUGUACCCGCAAUGCUAGUUGACAGGGACCUUAUGGAUUCACUCAUUAGCAACUGGAAGACUUUCCUUGGGAAUUGUUCUGAGAAACAGACAACAAAGUACUGUGUGGAUGAGAAUGGGGAAAGGAUAAGUGUACUAGGUAUAUUGCUGUCAGUACUGAAGGUGCUGGUGGCAGAGAACCAACCAUAUAGAGACUUUAAUCUCUCUCAGCUGAGGGACAUUGAUGCCCUGGACAAGAUUCUCUUCAUGUGCAAGGAACUAGAGCUAACAACAGGUUCUCUGGAUGGCCUGUGUUCAGCUGACUUGGUGGUAAGUGUUGUAACGGGUCUGGUAGGAGGACUGGGACCUGGGUCUUGGAGAAAUGCAGCCACGGGUCACACACAUGGGUUUUCUGCCCAGGACUCGUAUUCCUCAGGCUUUUGUUCAGGUCCUUCAGGAGUUGGCAUGGCAGCUACACCCACAGGGAUUACCUCAUUUGGGAUUGGGUCCCCUGGAGUCCGUGUGAGAGAUGUGGCAGCUGUCUUUGGUUUCCUGUUGCUGUCACAUCCUGCCCACCUUACUUAUGCAGCUACAGAGCAACAUACAGCAUACUAUUUGCCACAGGUUCCAUCUUCAACCAACAGUAGACAAGGAUCCCUUGUGGCUAUUGGGGUUGAUCUUGCAGCUGAGAUAAAUGAUAUUCCUAGGCCAAGUCAAGAAAACCAACGACAAACUGGUGAUUGGAUUGUGAUUGGCACUAAAGAUUCAAUGCUGCAGCCGCAAUCAGUAAAGAGCAUUCAAAAGAGGAGAGACCCUGAGUCCCCCAACAAGAGCACUUCUCCAAGCUCAGGAGAGGAGGAGAAUACAGACGUAGUGGACAGUGUGAGCAACAGUGAGACUGCAAGCGAUGCAACCAUGCCAGAAGUUGAGGAUCAAGUGGAUGGUCAGGUGAUUCGGCAGAUUGAAACCACUCUCUCUACAGUCAUUCCAGUAGGAGAAGUUGCUCUUGCCAAAGAGGAAGAAGAACAGGAUGUAGAUGAUGGGAGUUGCUUGACAAAAGCAAAAACCAAGGACAUAGAAGUUGAAGUGGGUGAGGAGAAGAGUGAGAAGGAGGCAGGGAUGUCAGAUGAGCAGAGCCAGUACAGUAGCCCAGACGAGUCAUCAAGGAGCGAGGAAACAGAAACAGAUGACAGGAUUCUUGGCAAGACAAGUCGUUAGCAUAGAUAAUGACGACCACUCGUGCCUAACACAGGUAGUGGUUGGGUUGCUGGAAAUGCUGGAAAUGGUGUUGAAGUAUUCUUCUGACACCACUACCAGGACACUGUUGGCCGAGGCUCUGUUCAUGGAUCAAGUGUUGAUCAUGUGCAACCACCCUCAGCCCAUUAUUAGGUGUUCUGUCUUCAAGCUGUUUACCGUGAUACUAGACAGGUGCUCCCCAGAGGACAUGGUCAUGCACCUGCGUCAGAAUGUUCCAUUAGUGAUGGCUCAGCAGCUGCACAAACACAGCACGAUUUCUACACAGCUAGUCACUGCUGCAUUUUCCCUUGCUCUGGGACGAUCCUUUACCUUUGAGGACUAUGCCAUUGAUAGUGAUCCAAGCCUUGCUCUUCCUAAUCAGGUGGUGCUUUUCGUCCCACUGAUGGCUCUGUUGCCACACUCAGCCCAAGACAUUGCUCUGUGCCACAACUCUCUUAUGGUUCUGCUAGACCUCCUUCACAAGAAUACCGAGCUGAUCAUCCCACUCAUUCACAAAGCUCACUUUGUGGACUCACUCCUUUCCACCAUGAAGAAGUCUCUGCAUGAUGACAACCUUGGCAUCAAUGACAUCACAGGCGAGAGUGAAUGUGAAGUGGUGGUGUCUGACAUCACUGAGAUCUUCUCCUGGAUGGUCAACUGCCUGGUAGCAUCACCCCAACACAAACACUUCAUGCUGAGUCUUGAGGUGCUUCACCAGCUAAACCUCUUAUGUCGAGGGGAAGCAGCCCAGUGUGGAGGCCAGGCCAGUUGUGUGGGGCAUUUGCGCAGCACAGAGGCAGCUCUUUUGCAAGUCGCUCUUACACGUAUUCAAGCCACAGCCUCCACACAUCUACAUUCCAUUGGACAGGAUCUGAGUGACAGUAUCAGAGAGGAGAAGACCUUUGCAGUGUCUGGAUCAUCCAGUCUACACAACAUCAAGCUGUUUGCCACCAUGGCAGCUCGGGAUGACAGUGAUUCAGGCGUUGGAUCUGUUUUAGCCAAUUACACAACAAUUCCCUUUACACAAAGCUUGCACAACAUAGCUGAUCAGCUGUUCAUGUCUCAGAGCCGCAGUUCUCCAUCCCUCGUUCAUAGUAAUGCAAAAAAGGAGGACAAAGUUCUUUCCCAUUCUGAAAUAGUUGACAGAUUUAAAGUGCUGCUGCAGAAAGCUACCGAUUUUGUGUUCAUGUCUGCAUGGUCAUCUGUAGAGUCCGUGGGCAAUGAGAUGCCGUCUGGCGGCGCACCAGAAACCUUCAGUUUGUUCUUACUUGAACUCCUUUUAAGCGCAGCUGCAACCAUCACACAGCGUAAAGGCACAGCCGAUCGCACUGGCUGGGAGCGCGUAGUGUGGGGUUGCCAGGAUAUUUUGAGACUUCACCUCACACACCUCCUGGCUCUGGUCACAUCCCCUAGGACAUACAUCCACACCCGGCUCAGAGCUGCUCAGUCACUGGCCACCCACGCACGAAUACAACCCGUUCUCUCGUAUGCAAAUAAGGCAAAUCCACAGUUGCUCUACAAAGUAGGAAUCUUUAUGCAUGAACUGCGAUACCAGAACGAGAACAAGUUAGAUGCAGCGGCCGUCAAGUGCUGUGAAAUGGUUCUCCAGAUACUAGAAGACUGCACUGUGCAUGUCUUACCUCCACCAGAGCUAUACCCACCUCAUGGAGCCAUGAAAGAGUGGAGUGUAGUCAUUGAGGAGAAAAAACAGUGGCAAGAUGAGGCAGCAAAGAUUGCAGCCCUGAUUGUCGAUCGGUGCACUAAACAGGACAAACGACUACUGACGAAAAACAGCCAAAUCUAUGAGUCAGUAGCAGGAGAAUGCAGUCGCCUCACACGCACAGUUGUAGACCGGCAGAAUGUAGAGAGGAAAGUGGUUCUCGGGGGCAUCAAGCACUCACAGUGUCGCCAUGUCCACUUGACACACAGAUGGAGAAGCCUGAUUGAUCUCCUCACACAUGAGAGAGCUACUUGGCACUUCCCAGAAGCUUAUCCAAGGUCUUGGCAGCUAGACCAAACUGAAGGCCCAAUGAGAGUUCGCAAAAGGCUCAAGAGAGGUCGCCUUAAUAUACAACCUCGUUACCUCAUGCCUGAAUAUAGACAGAAAUUAGACAUAGAAAAUAAAUUAGCUCCUCUAGAAGCUGUCCUUCAGGGAUCAGAGACGGAGUCAGCCAUGGCAGUCAUGAUCGAGCGACUUAAUGUAAGCGAACGCAUCAUCCACAUGAGCAGUGCUUCUGUUGUCUCUCCAGGAAUGGAACAGCGAGGUGAAAUCCUCAUCAGCCGAACGGCAAUGUAUUUUGUGGGAGAACAAGUUACGAUUGACAUGAACCAGUGUGGCAGCAGCAGCGAAGUAGUGUCUGUGACGUGGCCCCUUGACAACAUCCGUGAGAUCCACAUCCGGCGAUUCCAACUCCAGGACUGUGCAUUGGAGGUCUUCUUAACAACUGGGCACUCUGUCCUGCUGGCCUUCACUGACACCCAGCACAGGAACCAGAUGGAUGAAAUUUUAAUGGUUAUCGGGAUCUUGAGCACAUCUGACCUUCCAAAUCUUUCAAGUAAAGCAACUUUACCCGAAGUCACCACACAAUGGAGGGAAGGUCACAUAACAAACUAUGAAUAUCUGACGCAACUGAACAAGCUUGCUGGUCGUUCUUUCAAUGACCUGAUGCAGUAUCCUGUGUUCCCAUUCAUUCUCUCCAACUACAUUGUUGAGAUCCUGAACCUUAAUGACCCAGCUGUGUAUAGAUAACAAGGCAGAUGAGUCAGAAUGCAGGCGAUGGUCCUUACCACUAUGGCUCCCACUACAGCAACUCAGGAAUUGUCCUCCAUUUCCUUGUCCGCCUGCCUCCCUUCACUCAGCUCUUCCUUAGAUAUCAAGAUGGGAACUUUGACAUCCCAGACCGUACUUUCCAUGCUGUUCAGACCUCGUGGCGUUUGGCUUCCUGCGAUUCAACCACAGAUUUCAAGGAACUUAUCCCAGAGUUCUUUUUCCUGCCAGAAAUAUUCCUUAACUCUGAGGGUUUCAACUUUGGUGUUCGGCAAAGUGGGGAAAGAGUGCACCAUGUCCACCUUCCUCCCUGGAGUGGAGAUGAUCCAAGAAGGUUUGUACUUGUACACCGUGCUGCCCUGGAGUCACCAUAUGUGACUCAGAACCUUCACCACUGGAUUGAUCUUGUGUUCGGUCACAAACAGACUGGCCGUGCAGCUGUUGAAGCAAUCAACGUCUUUCAUCCUGCUACAUAUUUUGGGUAUGACGUUGAGAGUGGUGGAGACGAAAUAGGCCGAGAAGCGAGGAAAGCAAUGAUCAAAACAUAUGGGCAGACUCCUCAGCAGUUGUUUAGCCACCCACACCCGCCAGUCAGUAAUGCUGGAUUUGCACAAAACCCCCAGGCACCAGAAGUCCUACAUGAAGUGCGAGGGCUUCGUUGGGGUUCGUAUGCUGGUUCACCUGCAGACGAUCGACCCAUUCUGGCAUUGGUGCAGUUACUCAAAACACCAGCUGCCUGUGUCACCAGUAUAUCAGGAACAGAGUUGCUGCUGAUGCCUCCACACACCCACCUUGUCACAGCUGGAGUGGAGAAAGGACUUAUUUGGGCAGGCACCACCAGUGCAUUCAUCGUAUCAUCUCAUCACAAAGACGGAAUCAUACGCUGCCGCCGCCACAAAGAUACACUAUCCCAUCCUCUCAUUGCUGUACCGCCAUUUGACAAGGUCAUGUGGUGUUGCAGUGGAAGUGGCCAGGUGUGGGUCGGUCUUGCAUCAGGUCAGAUCCUAGUAUACCAGGUGUCUCCAUAUCAUGCAGGGGGAGACCUGAAAGCCACUCUUACCCCGACAACACUGUUAGCACACACAGCUCCCAUCAUGCAUAUGUAUGUGUCUGAUGCAUUCAGUGUGUGUGUUUCAGGUGGAAAAGAUGGCAUGUGUGUUCUGUGGGACACAAAUAGGUUGUCAUAUAUCAGGAGUAUUGGAUCCAGUGGUGUUGAAGUCUCUCUCUUGGCCAUGAGUGAAACUUUGGGUGACUGGGCAUCUGUCAGUCCUUUAGGCUCUGCUGCCUCUGUGCUGCGCCUCUACACCAUAAAUGGAGCACUGGUUGACUCUGUGGUCACCCCUGCACCUGUAACAGCAAUCACCUUCUCCUCAGCACCUGAGGGCACAGCUGUUAAUGUCAUUGCUACAAGCUUAGCAGAUGGCAUUAUUAGACUUUGGAGUGUGUGGGACCUUCGCCCAGUUCGGGAGCUGAGAACUGACAGGGCCAGGCAACCAAUCAUCUCGCUUCAUUAUACUCGUGACAACCACCACCUAUGUGGCAUCACAGAGACUGGCGUUCUGCUGGUGUGGGAAUCGUCACUUGUCAAAACCAAAAUGCCGAAGUUCAUCACCGUUCCAGCCAUUUAGGAGUUGCCAACCAAGACACUUGAGAAACAUGUCUCCAAGUCCAGUUAAAUUAGUGAGUCAGAGGAGGAAAAGAUCUUCAAAUGACAUAAGUUCGGACUGAGAAUUAGCUUAGGAUCAAAAUACCUACAGGCACCACAAAUGUUAUGAUGUAUAGAUGGAAUGCGGGAAUUUACAUGGAGUAAAACUGUCAUGUAGGUCUUGGUUCAGUGACUCUCCGCAUUGUCUUGCGUGAAGACAGUUUUUGCAUAUUUGUUUAUACAUUACUUUUUUGUUGAGACAGAUUUUUUUUUACAGUCUCUCUCUUAUACUUGUUUCCUAUAUUAUUUAGGAUCAGAGUAGAAUUGUAAAUAAAGUCCAUUAUUUUAAAUGCUUUCCUUUUAUAUAUAUAUAUUAUUUUUUUUUCAUUUUUCUUUUUUUUCUUCUUUUUUUAUAUGGUUUUAUUUUCUACAGUAUUAGUAUUGCUAGUCACAAGGUCGCACUGUAGAUUGAAGUGACCGUUGCAAAGAGAUUCAUGGCCAUGUAGACAAAAUGGAUGAGUAGCAUCAGUUUGUCGAUUUAUCCCAU